AUGGCGGCCCACCCGGCCCCGGCUCCGGCCAACGGGGACGCCCAGAGCAGACACAGCAGCUCCCAAGAGGAUCUAGAUACCUUGUCGUCCUCGUCGUCGGAUGCGCCAGGUCUCACCACUCCCGCUGCGACCUUUGUGCUGGAUGAUAGGACAGAGAAUAAUGAUGAUGCUGCCGCCGCCAAGUCCGCUGCGGGACCUUCUUUCUUCAGAAGAGCGGUACAGAGACUGGGCCUCAACUCAGUCCUCCUGAUGAGUAUGUUCAAGGGCUCUAUGGCACCAGUCAUAUGUAUCGCCAUCUACCAGGCCGCUGCGGUCAGGCAGCUUCUGACUACUCUGGGCUACCUUUCUGCCGUGAUAUCGGUCUUGUCCCUUGCUCCCCUUCCUCGUGGCAAGUUCCUACAGAAUAUGGUAUUGAACUUGUUGUCCAUGUCAGCCGGAGCCGGUAUGGGAAUUCUGGUGACUUGGUCCUCGGUCCAGGCACGACUUCACACGUCCAAUCUGCUCGAGUUGGAGCAGUAUAUCGAGACAUAUGGUCGCGCACCCUACAACGCAAGCCAGAGCGCCGUCUGUGGUGUCUGGCUUUUCUUCAACAUCUGGGCUGUCAACAUCUUCCGGGCCAAAUUUCCCGCCUUCAACCUGCCAGUCAUCAUCUACAGCAUCUUUAUCAACAUCUCGAGCACCUUUGGGCCCCAAUUCCCCACGGUGAAGACCGCUGAGUCUUUUAUCAGGGAGUUACUCAUCGCAAUGCUAAUAGGUUUGGGGGUUGGAGCAGGCUGUUCUCUGUUCGUCUUUCCCAUCUCGACGAGACAGAUCGUCGUCAAGCAGAUGGGAGGCGUGCUUGGGCUUUUCAAGAAGGCCAUCACGCUGGAGAAGGAGUAUCUCCAAGGCCUGGAAAAGGCUGACAUGUUUACUAUCGAGGUUACCGAGACCUCGACCGGCCAACCAUCGGAUGACAAGAAAGCUGGUAAAAAGGACGCAGGACCACCGUUGACAGGAGAGCAGAAGACGGCCAUGGCCCUCAGAGGUGUCCUGACCGCCUCGAGGGAGCUGAUGGGCAAGAUCUAUGCCGAUCUCAAGUUUGCCAAGCGGGAUGUCGCCAUUGGGUAUCUGACCCCAAAGGAUUUUGGGCACCUUUACGACCUUAUGCGCGGCUUCAUGAUCCCAAUGACUGGCAUCGGCGGAGUAAGCGACGAGGCACAAUAUAUAGGUGGUUUCAUCCGCGACGCUGUGGACAAAGAAGACUCCCAGAGGAUCUGGAACGACAUCAUGCAACAGCUUCACGAGCCCUUCGAGAUCCUGUCGGAGGCUCUACUAGCGGGAAUUGACCAUGCUGCCAUCCUGAUGAGAAUUUUGCCCCCAUCAAAAGAGCAGAAAAAGGCCUCUGAUAAGAAGAAAUCACGCGCCGACACCGGCGCCGAGGCUGAUGUGGAAGAGUCGGGCGCCGACCUUCGUCCAGGAGAAGUUGGGUACUCCAAGGUCGUGCAAGAGAAAAUGGACCUGUUCAACUCUCGUCGAGGUGAGAUCCUCCGAGUCUGGGCCAAGGACAAGGGUCUCACGCAACAGUUGGAGAGACGCCAGAACGACCAGAUUCAACUCUUCGUGGUGCUCUACCUCGAGAAGCUGAUGCAAGCGACCGGCGAGGCUGUCAUGGAUUUUGUUUCGUUCGCUGAAGAGAAACACCGUGACGGGUCGAUCACUAAAAAGCACCUCAUCGCCCCAAGCCUGCACCAUCUGAGGAAGUGGGCUCUCAGCAUCUUCCAGGAAGACGACUCCUCUGGUGAGGACUCACCCGACAUCCUGGAACGAGGCGGCAAUGUGGUUUUCGUCGGCGAAGCCUGGCUGCACAAGAAAGACCCCGAGCAUCUUCCUCCUACAAACGCCUUGGAGAAGAUUGGCAAUUCUUUGAGAAACUUUUCCAAUUUCUUUGGCUCUGCAGAGUCAAUUUUUGGGCUGAGGGUCGCCAUUGCCACGAUGACUGUUGGUAUUGCCGCAUUUCUAGAGAGCUCUCAGGCCUUCUUCAUCGAGCAGAGAGUCGUAUGGGCCUUGAUCAUUAUCGCAAUCGGCAUGACACAGACUUCUGGCCAAUCGAUAUUCGGCUUCUUUUGCAGAGUCGCGGGCACGGCCGUUGCUAUGGUCAACUGUUACAUCAUCUGGUAUAUUGUUGACACCAGACUCCCUGGGGUUCUCGUUUUCCUUUGGCUCUUCACAUUUGUAGAGUAUUAUUUCUUCUUCAAAUAUCCUCGGUUCAUCCCGAUGGUAAUGAUCUGCAUUGUCACCCAGUAUCUUAUCAUCGGCUACGAAUUGCAAACUCAGGCGCUGGGCAUCGCCGCAUCAACAGCCAGUGGCCAGCGAUAUUACCCAUUGUACGAGCUUGCGCCGUAUCGCCUUGCAACUGUUGCAGGAGGCGCCUUGGUGGCCUUCUUCUGGACAGUUUUCCCUCGACCACUAACGGACAGAACAUGGCUUCGAAAAGACUUGAGCGCAACACUCUAUCUGCUUGCCAACUACUACAGCGUGAUCUACACCACAAUGAGGUCAGCCUUGACGGAAGACAUUGGCUCCACAGAAAUCCCAGGCUCGGCUGCGCACAGCCUCUUCAAGGUCAGGCGGAAGCUGUAUGGAAAGUUGCUGCUCCUCAUCCCAUCGAUCCAGGCGCACACAAACUUUCAAAAGUUCGAGCCAAGUCUGGGCGGAAAGUUUCCUGCUGAGCAGUAUCAAGACAUGAUCCACCGGUGUACACGAAUGAUGAAUUACUUCACACUCAUGUCCUACAUACUGACCUAUGCCCCCAAGGAAUCCGUCGAGGAGUCGGACAGGGCCUGGCGGCGUGUCCUGGGCGAAGUCCUCGACGAGGUAACCCCACUACAUGUGCAAAUGCUGUCAACGCUCACACUUCUCUCCAACGCCCUGAUGUCCGGCCAAUCUCUUCCCCCGCUCAUGGCCCUGCCUAAACCAUACGAGAUGACACGCCGCCUGCUGAGCUUUACUCCUAUCCAGUCCGACGAGACAGAAGCACACAACGCGCCGGCCUCGCCAUCUUCGCCGGCCUCCGCCCCAUCAUUUGGCCUCCGACGUUCUGAAUCCCGUGGCAUGGCCAGCAACAGUGGAGGGGACAACAGUAACCAGCAACAGCUGGAUGAAAUCUAUGAACCUGAGGCGUGGAAUCUGCUGGACGCACGCAAUAUGGAGCAGAAGGGCUAUACGGAGUUUGCCGUGUUCCAGGUGGCCUCGACCCUCGUUCUGUCAGAGCUUCACGGCUUGUUGCGGACAAUUCAGGAGCUGGUGGGCACGGUCGACUUUAGCUUCCGUGUCGAGCCCAAGAACACCAGUCAGUCGUCCUUGGAGAGUGUGCUGAGGCUAGGCACAUGGACCUCGAGGGCUACAAUGGCCGAGGCUCAGCGUAGCAAGACUGGGAAUGAUGCUGGAAAUGGUGUGCAGGGUAAGGGCAAACAAGAAUGA